AUGUCGAAUGUAGUUUAUGAUCCCUACAUGCAAAGUGCCGAUGCUGAUGCGCCCAAAAAAUCCGCAGUACCCAAUUUUGUUUCGCAUGUUGUCGUGAGCACGGUUAUCGUGGCUGGUGCUAUGAUCCUUAUAUUUUUGAUGUACAAGCUUCUGACCAAAGGAGCUGCCAAUUGGAUUUUUGGGAAAUCCAGGGAUGACAGUAACCUCUACAGCGGUGAGCAGAUGCGACAUAUUGACAUGGAGUUGAAUCAGAUCGAUCCCACAAUGCCUACCAGGCCGCAAUCGGUAUACCAGAAAGUGUAG